ACCAUACACACAGAUGCCCGCAGUAGACCGAGUUAAAAUAUUUUAAGAACUUACGAAUAUGUUCGAAAUUUGAAAAUUCAGUUGUGCUUUGGCCGUGCGUAUUGAAAGAAGCAAAAUACGAAUUUAAGUGAAAAUACUUGUCACCAUGGCUGAUAAAGAAGAUUCAAAAUUCGGAUUCAAAAAUAAGGAAAAGGCCGAGGAGACUCUGGUCCUCUUGGAAAGCCAUGACAUGCAAUAUCGGAAACUAACCGUACGUGGUCUAUUGGGCAGAGCGAAACGUGUUCUAUCGAUGACCAAAGCCGAAGAUAAAGUUAAAAAUAUCAAUGAUGCUAUAGAGGUGUUUGAGAAAUGGUUAGCAGAGAACGGCGGCGAUGCGGCAAACAAAAAUGCCAAAACCACCACUGACGAUAAGGUGGAAACGGUGCCUGGUCUAGGUUUCAAGGAUAAGGAGGCAGCUGAGAAAACGUUAAAAAUUUUAGAAGACCGCGAUCCUGAAUAUCAAAAGUUGGCCAUUAAAGGUCUUAUCGGCAGCUCGAAACGUGUUUUAUCUGGCACUAAAAAUGAAGAGAAAAUCCAAUCCAUCAAGGAAGGUGUAAAAAUUCUGGAAGAUUUCCUCGAAAAAUUUGAAACCGAAAAUCUCAUGAAAAACAAUCGUGCCUAUUUUGCCUACGAUGUCAUUGCUAAAUUACCCCAGCCCGAAGACAAAUUGCAAGCGGAAUUCCUCAAAGCCUACGGCGGUCCCAAAGCCAAGGGCAACUACAAACAUCUACGCACCAUGUACCCCGAGGAGGACGACAGCACAUCAUGGGACAUCAUACGCAACAGGAAUAUUGCCAAAAUUUUGGCAAAAAUCAAAGAAGAAGAUGCCAAGCUGUUCGAUGACCAAGGCAAGCCAAGUGAUCUCCAUCUGCAGUUAAUCCACUGGGCAUACAGUCCACAGCCGGACAAGGUCAAAAGUUAUGCCGCCACCUUAAAAUCCGAAUGCCCCAAGAAGGCCGAAAAACGGAAAUGCGAAGACGAAUCGGCGAGUAGUAGCAGCAGUGGCAGCGAUUCCGAUGACGAGGCAGACAGCGGUAAAGAUGAGAAAAUGAAAGAAGACAAAGAAGAAAAUGGCGAGUCUCCUGCCAAGAAAGCCAAAACUUCCUGAGCCAUUCUAGAUCACUUUUUUUGUAGUACUUAAUCAUAAUGUCCUUUUUUGCAAAUAGAUUUAAGUGUUUAUUUUGUAUUGAAAUGUAAAUGUGUUUCAAAUUCAGAUUUGUAACACAUAUUUUCUGGUAUUUUUGGAUAAAUAUAUAGCUGCAAACAUCAA